GCCACGGGCAGACAUGGCGGGGCAGAUAGCUGUGCUGGGCUCUGCUGUGCUGGCCCUGCUCUUGGCCAGCUACCUGGCACAGCAGUACCUGCCCAUGCCCACGCCCAGGGUGAUUGGGAUCGACCUGGGCACCACCUACUGCUCCGUGGGCGUGUUCCUGCCGGGCAGUGGGGCUGUGAGAGUCAUCCUGGACGAGAGCGGCCACAGCAGCAUCCCCAGCGUGGUCUCCUUCACGGACACGGGCGUGCACGUGGGCUACCAGGGCCUGGAGCUGGCUGAUGCCAACCCCCAGAACACCAUCUACGACGCCAAGAGGUUCAUCGGGAAAGUCUUCACUCCAGAGGAGCUGCAGAGUGAAAGCAGCAGGUAUCCCUUCAAGAUUAUCAACAAGAAUGGAUUAGCUGAAUUUUCUGUGACAACUAAUGAAACCUUUCACAUCACUCCAGAGCGCAUUGGCUCUAAGCUGCUGCUGAAACUGAAGAAAAUGGCAGAAGCCAACCUUGGCAUGUCCAUUUCCAAGGCAGUCAUCUCCGUGCCUGCAGAGUUUGAUGAAAGGCAGAGGAAUUCUACCAUUCAGGCAGCUAACCUUGCAGGGCUCAGCGUUCUGCGAGUAAUCAACGAGCCCACAGCUGCUGCUAUGGCCUAUGGGCUGCACAAAGCUGAUGUGUUUAAUGUCCUGGUAGUGGAUCUGGGUGGAGGAACCUUGGAUGUGUCUCUGCUGAACAAGAUGGGAGGGAUGUUCAUCACACGAGCCAUGGCAGGUAACAACAAGCUGGGAGGACAGGAUUUCAACCAGAGGCUGAUGGUGUAUUUGUAUGAUCAGCUCCGUCAAAGGUUUGGUUCUCUGCCCACGCAGAAGGAGGAGAUUCACCGCCUCAGGCAGGCCGUGGAAGCUGCCAAAUUAAACCUGACUGUCCAUGAGGCAGCUACACUGAGGGUGCUGCUGACUCUGCCAGCAAACCAGCUGACGAGAGAACUUGCAAAAAGCCAGGUAAAAGCAAACAGUGCGUCACAAAACGCAGAAGGCCUGAAAAAUCUUGGAGACGCUUCCAAAGUAGAGGGCAGCUUUGUGGAAGUCGUGUUUGAAACAGAAAUCUCUCGGAAGCUGUUUGAGAUGUUAAAUGAGGACCUUUUUGAGAAGAUCCUCGUGCCCAUUGAACAGGUGUUGCUGGAAGGGCACCUGCACAAGGCUGAAGUGGAUGAAAUUGUGUUAGUGGGAGGCUCCACACGGAUUCCCAAAAUACGUGAAGUCAUUCGGGACUUCUUUGGGAAGGAACCCAACACCUCUGUGGAUCCUGACCUGGCAGUUGUGACAGGUGUAGCCAUCCAAGCAGGAAUUCUUGCUGGGUCCUGGCCUCUCCAAGUCAGUGCUAUAGAAAUCCCCAACAAACAUUUACGGAAGACGAAUUUUAACUGAAAAGAAACUCUUCUCAAUUGCAUUCCAGCUCUCCAAAAGGAUCCAUACUCAUCUGACUGGCAAUGGAACAUGAUCUUAGCUUCAUUCUAUUCAAUUUUCACCUGUUCCCAUUAGGUGUUACUGGACACCUACCUGUGCUAAAGCUUGAUGUUACUUUAAAGGUACAAACGAGUUCUGAAGUGUGCUGUGUUUACUUGCAGAGGGGAUAUUGGAUGAAAAUGCCAGUGAUGACACACCCACAUUUUCUUGCUAAAUUUUAUUAGCAAAUCCUGGAGCGGUGUGUAUUCAAAGUAUCAAGGGAAUGUGACCAAAGGUUUGAGAUGAUGUGGUACUGAGGUAUUCCUGGGUCCAGUGUAUUUCCUUGGAAGGACUGUGAAGCAGCAUUAAUGCACAGAGCACUGGCAGUGUUCAGCUUACACUUAUUUAUUAGAUUGAGCCAUUUGAGCAUUUAAGCACCUUUCCUAAAGGCAUCUUGCAGCUUAAAUGAGACUGAAGCAUUCACUUGAUUCUUCUGCUGUUCAUAACAGCAUAAUGGUAUGCUGAGGCUCUGUGGCAAAUUGUCCCAUGAUUAGGAAACGUUAUUGAAAAUGUGGCUCUUGCCAGUGCAGUUUCUUGGUCUCCAAGGGCUUCAUUCCUGACCUGGCUGUGAUGGUUAAACACAGGUGCUGAUGUUCUCCACAGAGAACGAGGGUAUAUUGCCAAAUAUUCAUACCUGCCCCUGCCUUACUUUAAAACUACAGUGAUUUUAUGUAUCUUGAAGCCACACCUGCCUGUCUUCCCUUGAAUUUGACCAACAUGAAUUUCAUCAUUCUGCAUUUCCAAAUGUGUGACAUCUUCUCUGUGAAGCACCCCAAGCCAUACUGUCCUCGUGGAGAAAGUGUGGGACAGAAGGGAUGGCCUGGAUGAAAUGUAAUUCCUGUAGCCCUAGUAAAUGAAAAUUGACCCAACUACUUUGUGCUUUUUAGUUCUUAUGUGGUUGAAAUUUUUUCAUAUCCCUACUCUAAAUGGAACAGAGAUUGUAGCUGUCCUGUUGGGAAACAAACAGUGUUGUGUGCAACUCAGGGUUUGAGGUGGACUCUCUUUUAGGCAAAUAGAUCACUAUCCAGAUACCUUGAAAAUGUGUUGUGAGGAGAACAAAGUCACAGAUGUGAAAAAAAAACCGAAUUGGUGACAGUUCUCUUUGGAGGGAUUAAGCAAUAAUCAAGCACCAGCUGAAUUCAGUUAUCUGCUUGGAACUUCCUACCAAAAAAACAUUUCUUUCAGCUAAGACUGGUUUCAACAUCCAUCAGCCCAGUCUUCAUCAAGUAAGCUCUAGUAACAGGUGGUUUUAAGGAUUUUCUUGUCUUCUCCAGAAUAAUUUUGUAUUAACCUUGCUAAGAUAAAGUGUGGGGCUUAGAUUUAUUGUUUUAACCUAUGACUAUAUUAAAAUAGGCUUAUUACUCUCCUGGCAGCAGGCCUGAUUUAUGGCACUGCCAUAAAUCAGUUGUGCUGAUUCAGCUGUUUGCAUAGCUAUUGUCUAAAUGCAUCUUUGAAGUAAUCCAAUUAAAAACCUCUUAAACUGAAUCACAGUUGCACACAGCCACUCCAUCAGCAUUGUUUAACUUGACAGAGGAUUCCCAAAGUACUGCUGACAUCUGCUUAAUUUUCCUGCAUUGAAAACCAGGAUUUUUUUUUUUUUAAUUUGAAGAUUCUUUCC